AUGAGUUGUUCUUGCAUCUUCAUCUUGGACAUGAAGGGGAAUGUAAGUUUUUAAUAUUUUGUAUUGAAUUUUAGGAUUUAUGGUUGAAGAAUAAUCGUUCCUAGAGCUUGCCGAAAGCAUAAUACAGCUUUAAGGAUAGAAUUGGCUUCCUUGCGCUGCAUUUUUCCACUAUUUUCGAUCAAACUAUGUUGUUUUAGGUAAUAAUGUCGAGGAAUUAUCGAGGAGACGUGGAAAUGUCAGAGAUUGAAAAAUUUAUGCCUUUGUUGAUGGAAAGGGAAGAUGAGGGUAAAGUGUCGCCGGUGCUAGAGCGUGAAGACCUCAGCUACAUCUACAUUAAACACAUGAACAUCUACUGUAAGUCAUCGGUAAUAUAAAAAGUCGAUCAAAAAUAUCCGUUUGCAUUCAAAUAUUUUCAGUAGUAUCAAUGUCACGUAAGAACGCCAAUGCCACGCUAGUUUUAUCGUUUCUUUACAAGUGUGUUGACGUUUUCACCAGUUACUUCAAAGAUCUGGAAGAAGAAUCGGUCCGAGAUAACUUUGUUGUGAUAUACGAGCUUCUCGACGAAAUGAUGGACUUUGGCUAUCCGCAAACAACGGAGCCAAGAAUAUUACAAGAAUAUAUUACGCAAGAGACGCAUCAAUUGGAGAUUGCGCCGAGACCACCAAUGGCUGUUACAAAUGCUGUCUCCUGGAGGUCCGAAGGGAUAAGAUAUAGAAAGAAUGAGGUGUUUUUGGAUGUUAUUGAGUCGCUCAAUCUUUUGGUAAGUUUUUUGACUUUGUUGUUCGGAGUUUAGGGGAUUGAUGAAGCCGCAGGCUGCGCCCAGGGAUAAUUUCAAAUCUUGGGUUUAGCGGCUGAAAAUUUGCAAAUUUUGUUGUGAUUUACGUCUAACGUACUUCAUACACCUGUGCAAAGUCAAGACGACAAAAUCUGCAAGUCUCAAUCCAAUUUUAUUGGAUCUAAAACCAUAAAAUUCUCCCUAGUGGAUCUAAAACCAUAUAACUCUAAUUUCAGGCGAAUGCUAAUGGCACUGUCCUUCGCAGCGAGAUUGUUGGCUCGAUUCGCAUGCGGGUAAUGCUCAGUGGAAUGCCCGAACUCCGUCUUGGCCUCAACGACAAAGUUCUUUUCAAUACUUCCGGUGGCGCCCGAGGCGGAAAAGCCGUUGAAUUAGAGGAUGUAAAGUUCCAUCAAUGCGUACGACUGAGCAGAUUUGAAAGCGAACGGACUAUCAGCUUUAUCCCACCGGAUGGCGACUUUGAGUUGAUGAGCUAUCGACUAAACGCGACAAUAAAACCAUUGGUGUGGGUGGAAGUUUCCGUGGAGAAGCAUGCACAUUCCAGAAUUGAGUUUAUGGUUAAGGUAAGGGAUGGGUUUAGAUGCUGUUUAAGAACUAAUAACCAGAUUGGACAGCGAAAAUUUUUAGGAACUAACGAAAAUUUGAAAGAAAAAACAUUUUUGGCCAGAAAAUCAUCAAUUUUCGAUUGAAAACGAUGAUUUCGGGAUGAAAAUUUUAUUCAAAAUUUUUUUUUAUAUUUUUUUAGAGUUUUGACCUUACUUAUUUUUAGGCCAAGUCCCAAUUCAAACGCCAAUCGAUUGCCAAUCAUGUGGAGGUCUUCAUUCCAGUACCAUCGGACGCCGAUUCCCCGAAAUUCAAAAGCUCGGUGGGGUCGGUGAAGUAUGUCCCAGACAAACGGGCCUUCGUCUGGACGAUCAGAAGCUUCCCCGGCGGACGGGAGUACUUUAUGCGAGCACACUUUAGCCUCCCGUCCAUUGAAUCGAGUGAAGAAGAGAUUCGACUUCCCAUUAGAGUGAAAUUCGAAAUUCCAUAUUUUACAACGUCGGGUUUACAAGUAAGCAACUGAUUUUCAAAAAUAUGAGGUCGUUGGCUGAUAAUCGAGAUAGCAUUUUGUAUUUUUGUUGGAAGUUUGAGUCCCACCACGAAAACUUUUGAUUUCGAAAGCACUGGCAUUCUGCAAGAUCCUUUCAAAUAGGCCAAAUAAGAUCAGCUUAAGAACAAGUUUAAGAUUAGUUAUAACGAUUCAUGAACCACAAAUGCAUUAAAAUUUUUUGAUUUUUGCAAAUUUCAGGUGAGGUAUCUAAAAAUCAUUGAAAAGUCGGGCUACCAGGCGCUGCCUUGGGUCCGCUACGUCACCCAAAACGGCGACUAUCAAAUACGAAUGGCGGACAAGUGA